UUGACUCUCCAUGAGCUUGUUCAAAAGGGUUUUGAAGCCCAGGAAGUGCAGUUUGUGGGUGCCGCCAUGUUGUACAAACUGGAGCCAGAGACUGCACAGUAGGGAAAAGGGGGACCUUUAUAUGGGAAUGAAGUCCAGGCAUCCACUAAGCACAUGAGACACAGCAACUAUACAAGGACUCAAACUGUCCCUGAUUUAACCACAAAAUAUUAUGAUCAUGUCCAAGUAAAACAAUAACUUAACAAAUCAGUGCAUGGGGUGACAUUAGACAUAUGUGCUAUUACGUGCCCUUUGCCAAUAGAAUAACUGUUAAAUUGACUUAAUGUGAAGCGUGAAACCAAUUUAUAUAAUGUCACACUAUGGGUUCUGACAUUGUCAUGUAAAUGUACUGUGAUAUAUAUUUUUAUAGAAUAUUAUUUUUCUAAAAUAUAUUUUAUAUACAUUCUUACGAUUUUUUUUCCUUUAUUCAUUUAUAUCAGAAAUUGAAAUGUUAUUCCAAAAUAUUUAAAGAAAUGUUUAAAUAAAAAACUUUCAGAUGCAGAGAAUUAUUGAACUUGUAGUUAUGUAUCGGCGAAAUCCUCUUCUACAAAAGGUGCUUCGGGGAAUCGUGUGAUUGUAGCCUUCAUUGAAGGAGGAAAACGAGAACAGGUCAUGUUUCAUUCGGUCAUUUAUUACAUACACAAUACUUUUUUUUAUAAUUCGAUCGUUUCCAUAUUUUUAUACAGUCUAUCUUCCCAGCACAGACCUGUUCCGUGAUUCGUUGUCUUGGCAACCAGUUAAUAAUUUCCGGGUCACAAUGAGCCUGCCCGUCGUCGGAAAUAAAUAGUUCGGAAGUAAAUGGAGUUAACAGAAUUUUAGCUGCGGUCUUCCAUGCGUUCGUACUACUACAUGGCUUUACGUUUUAAAUCCAUUUUUUGACGGCUUUCUUAUCAUUCUUAUUAUGUAUUUGCCUCAGCGAUGGAAACAAAUUAGAGUGAGCCGUGAGUGACAAUUCAAAAAGGGGAGACUUUGGAGCUGGAGAGAGAGCGAGAGAGAGAGAGAACAACCUGAGAGCGCAUUGAUUAGUUGGAUUUGUAAAUACUGCCCGGAAGUAUUGAGAUGCAAAGGUCAAGUUUGAACCAAUGCAAAGCCAUGGAGGAGAGGACAAGUGGAUAUUUGAUGAGCAAGGAGCAAAAAGACAUACUGACCAACAUGAAGGAGGAAGAGGAUGAAGAUGAGAAGAGGGUGAGUGUGAAAAUGGAGAGGGAUGAAGAAGGACUCUGUAUGGAGAAAGAAACAGAGGAGGGACAUGCAACUGAACAAGUCACCCACAUUUUCAAAUGUGAGAGCAAUGAAGCAGAAUCAGAAUUUAGGCAACAGGAAGGGGAGGAACUGUUCGCUCUGGUGACUUCCUGUUUGCUGAAACAGCCUAGAGUGCUGAUUCAGCGACUUGAAAUUGGCAAUGGAUCGGUUUCUGUGCCAUCACACUCACAUUCUGUGGCCUAUGGAAGAGGUCAGGGUGCAAAAUCUCCAUGGAGACUACAUGAGCUCUCACCAGUGAGAGGAAACGGGUCACUGAGACAGAAGGGUCAGGUAAUGACCCGGAAGAGGAAGACCGUUGGCCAGAUGGAGAGACCCAUGAAUCUGCUGCCAUCUUCAUCAGGGAACGGGAUCUGUGCUGAUGAAGCCUCCCUUAUACCUCCGAUCAUCUCCCCCAGGAGCCAAAACGCAGGGCAAGCUGCUGAGGUGUCGUCUCAGGUCUUUGCCUGCUCCCAGUGCCCAUUCGUUCACACAGAGGAAGUGAAUCUUCAGCAGCACAUUGAGAAGGUUCAUUCAGAUGAGGACAGCAGGACCCUGGGGUCCCAACAACCUCCCAGCAGCACACAUGAAUACUCCCCCCCGCCACAGUCCCACACAGGCACUCCUGGGCCCCACACUUGCUCCCAGUGUGGGAAGAGUUUCUGCCUGUCAAGUCAUCUCAAGUUACACCGGCGAACUCAUACAGGGGAAAGCCCAUACCAGUGCUCCCAGUGUGGGAAGAGUUUCGCUCAGUCGCAUAGACUGAAGGUACACCAGCGAACUCACACAGCAACACUUUCCUCCAUGGAUGAAUGCAAGUUGUUCUCUGCAUCCCGCCCUCCCUCGCAAGGAGUGGUGGAUUCUACCAAGCUGACAAACACCGACAACCAAUCAGAUUUCACGUCCAACCCAAUUACAUUUUUAAGCCCCUCCUCUUCAGGCAAAGACAUAAAGGCAGAAUCUGUGAUGGACUGCACAGAUUACACGGGGGUGGAGUCAAGGUCAAGUUUGGACAGAUGUGAAGACAUUGAGGAUAGGACAGAGAGGAAAACUGGAUAUUUGAUGAGCAGAGAGCAACAGGCCAUCCUAAUCAACAUGAAGAAAGAAGAGGAGGAAGACUGGGAGCAGCAGAGUGUGAAAAUGGAGAGAGAGGAUGGAGUGAGAGAUGAAGAGGGACUCUGGAAGGAGGAAGAUAAAGAGAGGGAUGAACAGAUGGAAGGACAUGUACCCAAUCAAAUCAUCCAAAUUUACAAAUGGGAUGUGCAUGACAUAAAAUCAGAAAAUGGCCAACAGGGAGGGGAGGAGCCGUCUACUUUGGUCACUUCCUGUCUGCUAAAACAGCCUAGAGUGCUGAUUCAGAGCACAGAGGUUGCAGAUAAUUUGCUUCCUGCAUCAUCACCUCCUCAUCCAAUGGCCAGUGAAAGAGGUCAGGGAGCGAGAUCUCCAUGGAUACGGUAUGAGCUCUCACCACUGAGAGGAAACGGAUCUCUGAGACAGAAGAAGGGUCAGGUCAUGACCCGGAAGAGGAAGCCAACUGGCCAAUUGGAGAGACCCCUGGAACUGCUGCCAUCUUCAUCAGAGACCAGGAUCUGUGCUGAAGCCUCCCUUAUUUCUCCUGUCAUCGCCUCCCAGAACCAAAACACAGGACAAGCUGUUGAUGUGUCCUCUCAGGUCUUUGCCUGCUCCCAGUGCCCAUUCGUUUGCACAGAGGAAGUGAAUCUUCAGCAGCACAUUGAGAUGGUUCACCCAGAGGAGCUCAACAGGACUCUGGGGUCCCAACAACCUCCCAGCAGCACACACCAGCACCCCACUCCCCCUAAGACACUCCCCACCCCGCCACAGUCCCACACAGGCACUCCAGGGGCCCACACAUGCUCCCAGUGUGGGAAGAGUUUCCGCCAGUCAAGUCACCUGAAGCUACACCAGCGAAUUCAUACAGGAGAGCGCCCAUACCACUGCUCCCAGUGUGGAAAGAAUUUCAGCUACUUAAUCACUCUGAAGGUGCAUGAACGAAUUCACACAGGUGAACACCUAUACUGCUGCUCCCAGUGCGGCAAGAGUUUCACACAAUCAGAUAAACUGAAGGUACACCAGCGAAUUCACACAGGUGAGCGCCCGUACCACUGCUCCCAGUGUGGAAGAAAUUUCAGUCAGUCAAGCCAUCUGAAGCUACACGAGCGAACUCAUACAGGGGAACGCCCUUACCACUGCUCCCAAUGUGGGAGGAGUUUCAGUCAGUCAGGUCAUCUAAAGUUACACCAGCAAACUCAUACAGGUGAGCGCCCAUACCACUGCUCUCAGUGUGGGAAGAGUUUCACUCAGGCAGAUAAAAUGAAGGUGCACCUGCGAACUCACACAGGUGAGCGACCAUACCACUGCUCGCAGUGCGGCAAGAGUUUCAUUAAUUUACAGAAUCUGUCGGAACACCAGCGAAUCCAUACAGGCGAGCGCCCGUACCACUGCUCCCAAUGUGGUAAGAGUUUCGCUCAGUCAUAUCCCCUGAAGCUGCACCAGCGAACUCACACAGGUGAGCGCCCAUACUGUUGCUCCCAGUGCGGGAAGAGUUUUGCUCAGUCCUAUAAUCUGAAGCUACACCAACGAUCUCAUACAGUCGAGUGCCCUUUGUCUAGUAUGUGUGAAGUAUCGCUUUAGCAGAAAUGUUUUUGUUAAUAUUAGUAGUGUCAGCACUGUUUUGAUUAAUCCGGUGCUUUUGGUGAAUUUUAAUCAUCAGUGUCUGCAAAAGUUAUCUUUUGGUAUUUAACAAACAGUAAUAAUUAUUUUUGUUUAGUGAAAAUUAAUUAUCGUGUGCAUUAUGAAGUAAGAUCUUGAUCUAUAACAAACUGUGGUAGUUUUUUUGUGCCUGUUUGGCUCAAGUUAAUCCAUCUGUGCACGUUGUAAGAUUUAUCCUGAGUGUUGUUCGUGCUUUUUCGUGAAAGUAAAUCUGUUCCUGUGCCACCCUCUUUGAAAUACACAGCAGUCCAUAGGUAUUUGGACAGGGACACAACCUUUGUCAACCUUGGCUCUGUACUCCAGCACAUUGGAUUUGAAAUAAAACAACUGAUAUGAGGUUAAAGGGCUCACUGGCAUCUCUAAUUUGAGGGUAUCUACAUCCACAUCUGAUGACCAGUGAAGGAUUUAGAGCCGUGUUUAUACACAGGAAACAGAACAUGGGAACACCAACUCUCACUCUCAACUGAGCAACCGUGCUGAAAUAAACGAAUGAAACUGUA